AUGGCUAAACACACCAAAAGUCUCUACAGCACUUGGGUCGCUUUGUUCCUGUCCAUAGGGUCGGUCGCCUGUGCCUAUUUCACAGUCAUCACUGCCACUACUUCGGCACAACCAAGCUUUGUUACGUACAUGCAUCUGGACACGGCAUCGAACGCAACUCAGCUACUUGGAGCUGUCAAUGGCGUGUAUAUCGCUGGAGCAUUGAUUGGAUCUAUCCUCUCAUCGUAUGCCACCGAUACGUUGGGUCGCCGUAAAUCGCUGUCCUUGACAUCGGCUCUGGCGACCGUCGGCGGCAUAUUACAAACAGGCUCUGUGAACAUGGGCAUGUUCAUUGCUGCUCGACUGAUUGCGGGAUUUGGCAUAGGUGCAAUAUUUGCAUUGGUUCCUCUCUUUCAGAGUGAAAUAGCCCCACCCACAGCCAGAGGUCUACUUGUUGGCACUCAUGGGAUCAUGAUCUCGCUAGGUACCGUCCUGCCGAACUGGAUCGGACUCGGCUUUUACUAUGUCAAUGCGAGCGGUGCACAGUGGAGACCACCGCUAGGCAUCAUGUGCAUCUUUACUCUUGCUCUUGCAGUUGGUGUAUGGUUUGUGCCAGAGUCUCCCAGAUGGCUGAUCAACAAGGAUCGCCACGAAGAUGCGAUCAAGUCCUUGAUUCGGUAUCAUCGCAACAAAGACGAUCCGGAUAAUCUUCUUGCGCUCUCCGAAUAUGGGCAGAUCAAAGCUCAGCACGAUGAAGACGAAAAGAACAAGGUUACAUGGAAAGACAUGUUCACUGUGCCCACAUAUCGUCGACGAGCUGGUGUUGCCGCCUUUGUCAUGAUUGGCAGCCAGAUGGCAGCUACUUUGUUGACGCAAGUCUACAAUCCGGUCCUAUACGGGCGACUAGGCUUCGGCGUUCCAAUGCAGCUUGUCUUCACAGGAAUCUGGGCCAAUUUCACCAUCAUCGGCAACACUAUUUGCGCCUUCACCAUAGACCGCAUGGGUCGCAUCCUGGCUCUCAAGAUUGGAUGGAUCGGCAACGCGCUUGCUUGA